UUGUUGUUGUACACGCUAGAUAGUGUAUAUUAUAAAAUGCCCUUAGAAAUACCCACUAUCAAGCUUAACAAUGGCGUUCAAAUGCCAGUUUUUGGGCUAGGCACGUGGCAGGAGCAGAACGUGUGUCAAAUAGUGAAAGACGCAAUUGAUAUGGGAUACAGGCUUUUUGAUUGUGGAUAUAUUUGUAAAAUUCAAAGACUUAUUGGAACUGCUUUUCAAGAAAAACUUCACCAGGGUGUAGUCACCAGAAAAGACUUAUUUAUUAUUAGCAAACUAUGGUGUAACGUUCGCAGACCAGAUUUAAUCGCACCCGCAAUUUUAAAAACGUUAAAAAAUUUGGAAACAACAUAUUUAGAUAUGGUUUUAAUACAUUGGCCCAUGGCGUUCCAACAAGGUGAAGAACUGCAUCCUAAGAAUGUAGAAACGGGCGAGUACCUUUACAGCAACGUUGAUUACAUCGACACGUGGAAACAACUGGAAACCCUUUAUAGAAAAAAACUCAUUCGGGCAAUAGGUGUUUCAAACUUUAACAUGGAACAAAUUCAGAGAAUUUUAAACAAUUGUGCAGUGUUUCCCCAAGUUAACCAAAUGGAGUGUCAUCCUUAUUUUCAUCAAAAACAACUGCGCACCUUUUGUGAAAAUAAUGGUAUAAUAGUAAGUAGCGAUUUACCUUUGGGCCCACAAGAAGAUGAAUUCGAAAAUUUGAAUUUUAUACGAGAUCCUAACAUCGAAGAGAUUGCUAACAGAUAUAGAAAAUAUCCGGAACAAAUUUUGCUGAAAUAUAAUAUUCAACUUGGAAACGUUGUAAUACAAAAUACACAUAGUAAAAGUAGUAUGGCUAAAAAUUUAAAUAUUUUCGAUUUUUAUUUAGCUCUCGAAGAUAUGAGUUAUCUUAAUUCUUUCAACCGAAAUGAACGAAUGUUGAGAUUUGAAGAGGCAAAGCAGCAUCCGUAUUAUCCUUUCAAUUGUGAUGAAUUUUGAUCUGUGAUUUUUAGCAUAUAAUAAAGUUAUAUAAUUUGGUAGUAAAAAUUUUAUUUUUCUACUUUAAGCUUUUAAGUUAAUUCAUUUGUAAACUGUUCUAAGAUUCUGCCGUGAAUA